GUUGGUGUUACUGAUUCGUUUUCAAUUAUUGAACAAUGAAUUGUUUUAAUGGCGCGAGACUUGAAGUCUCUCAUCCUAGUUGAGUUUCCUUUGCUCAGCACUCCACUGGCGAGUGCAAGGCAUUGGCUGGCAUCAACAUCCUGCCGGUACGAGUGGCGCUGUCCUGACUGCGGCUGAGCGCUCCUAGCUGUGGACGUGCAAGGCGAUUGCUUCCUACCUACCAGGACAGACGUGUGAGCAUGUACAAAAUCUUUGAAUUCAAAUUGCAAGCCUUAAGAUUAGACGAUAAUGAUAAUCUAGCCACUGCAAUACAAUAUACCAUUCUAUGCUCAACAGCAAUUGGAUCAAACAUACUUUUACCGAAUUCUAAAUACAUACUGAAAUGCAAACUAUGCAGCUACAAUCUCCCAACGGACAUCGAUGAACUAAAACAGCUGGGAAAAUGAAAUAAAAUACAUUGACUGGAAACAAGAGACAAGAUAUUUGAUAAAAAAUUGGGAUGACUUACACAUACAUACGACAGAACAUCGAGAGGACAAGAUGGUGAGAGACUAGGGUACCUAGUAGAACCAUGAAACCAUAAGAUAAGGCAUGUCAACAAAUAAAUAAAAUAAGGAAAGAUUUAUAAUUUGCAGGAUUGGCAGCGGCACCAACCACCAACCACAGAAGAGAACAAAAUAGAAUAUUUCCGCCCCCGGACCGAGCAGGAGUAAAAUACAAACCUGCACUCGAAUUAUAGAUUGUGACUUAUAGUUAGGGAGUAGUAUAGAGUAGAGUAGUAGGAGUGUAGAGUGAAAGCAGUAAAAAUGAUAAGUGGAAGAAAUAUCAAAAAAAAUUCUGUACUCCAUCUCAGGGUAGAGGAAGGAAGGAUUCAGUUCAGCAACAUCAUCAUUGUGAACGCAGAGCGAGGGGAUGGAGAAAUUCCAGUACCCAAAGAAGGAAAGGGCCAGAGAAAGGAAAAAAAAAACCACCAAAAUAAUGAAUAGCAAAACAUUUGGACACCAUAAUAAAUUUCUUUGAGAAAAUAAAAGAAUUAAAAAUUAAUCAAAUAUAUGAGGAAGAUCCUUUGGGAACAAUUUAAUGGAAUGAGGGACAUCAUUGUGCAACAGGAACACAAAAUUAUCCAAUUACAAGGAAAAUUGGAAAUAAUGGAAAGAAAAAAAUUUUGACGCCAACAAAAAAAAGCCCGAACAGACCAAAAACAACUAAACCAAUUAAAAUCAUCUUUGAACCAAAACAAAAAACACGUGUAGGAAGCAGUAAAACAACAAAAAACACACUCAUCAGUAAAAUAAAACUUGCAUAACAAAACAUAAAGUUAAACAACAUUUUCAAGACAAACAGCGAAGUCAUUAAAACAGAAGUCCCAAUAACAGACCAAGCAGACAAAAUUAAAGUACUGAUAAGAAAUCUUGAAAUAGAAAUGAACUGUAGGCAAAUUGAGAAGAAACCCCCCAAAAUAAUCAUAUAUUGAAGUACCAGACACAUACACAUAAGAAGAACUAACUACAUUAAACGAUCUAUCAAUAAAAUUUUGCAGAUGACAUGACCCAGGAGGAAUACAAGAAAUUUGUAAUUUUUGAAACAAAACCAAAAAACCAAUGAAAGAACUUAAUUCUAGAGCUAACACCUGGAUUCUAUCACAAUGUUAUGAAUAAAACCAGAUUGUACUUUGAAUUUAAGUCAUUUAGGAUUGAAAAAUUUAUAUCAGGAGGUGUGAUAGGUUUGGGCUACAGUGAAUAGGUUUAGAAAAGUACAAGUUUAUGAUCAGAAUGUGAAAACCAAAGACAUUAACAAAAAUAAUGUAGGAAUCAUGAAACAAAAUGCUAAAGCUUUGUAUCAGAAACAAGAGGAAAGAUGGGGAAUGCAUAAAUAGCAUAAAAUACAACAGCUGCUUCUUAGCCGUCCAAGCCAGGGGAUAGAAUUAAAAGAAACACAAAUUAUGAAUAAAAUUUAAAAAUAACUUAGGACCUUCUACAAAAUUCAAGAACUGUGACUUUAGAUCUUAAUGUUAAAAUUUUAGAACAGACAAGAUAUAGUUAUUAUUCAAGAGCCCUAACAAGUACAUGAAUCUGAAUGCCAACUGAAGUUUGAAGGUAGACGAACGUUAAGGCGCCCGCCUACCUAGACUAUGAACAACGUUGCAAUGUGUUUGAAAUGCAUGUUUUUAUAGAAAAGUAAAGACAAUUAUCUAAAUCUGUUUACGUACGAAAAUAACACACAAUUCAGGUGAUAGCUUAAUUAACUUUUCAAAAUGAAUCACCCCAAAAACAAUAUUUUAGAACCCCUCAACAUAGCCAAAAUUGGGUUUUCAGGCUGCCCUUUUCUAACAAACUGUUCACGGGAUCAGUGGCGUAGCGUGGGUGGGGCGGAGGGGGCGGCCCGCCCCGGGCGGCAGCCCGCGGGGGCGGGUCGCUGGUGAAGCGGGUUGUGACCUGAUCUAUGAUUCAUUCAUUACAUGUGUCAGACACACUAUAAUGUUCCAUUUUUAUCUAAAAUUUUGCGCACCAACUAUUUUUUAAUAUUUAUUUAAAAGAAAAACUGCGAAAUCACUGACAGAGCUCUUUAUAACGUUUGUUUGUUUACAUACGAACGGCAACAUCGCAUCACGCCGAGCCGCCCGGCGCGCGCGAGCCGAGUUGAGCGGCCCUCCUUAUUAUGUUAAUUACUCAUACAAAAUUUUUUGUUUCACGCGUCGGCCCGUGUCAAUGCCUCUCUUUCGCACUCAUUGAAUUUAGUACUACGUAUUGUACUGUAAAGUUUGACAUUAUCAAAGGUAGCAGCUGUAGCACACAUGCUACAGUACUGAUCUUUGUUUGUUUUAGUGCAUCGUGAAGUACCGUUAUGCAAUCACACUUUACUCGUAUGUUUGUUUCGCGAGAGUUUCGGAUACGGAACGAAAGUCAUUUUGAUUGUGUUUCGAUCUUUUAAAUACUGUUGAAUCUUCUAAAACUAAACAUUUAGAACUUUACCCAAUCUUUGAACUAGUUUUUGAAAAUGAAAAGGAGUCAAAGAAAGCGGUGCGGAAUUCCGCAAAAAAAAAGGCUAAGAAAGAAUCAAAUGCGAAGAAGUCUCAAGGUGCAUUACUGAAAUAUUUUAGUUCCAGUUCUGGUUCGAAAGCCACGUUAACGUCUUCGGUGGCAUCCUGCAGCAGCGGAAGUGAUUCCAGUGUAAGUAGGUAUAUGAUUCCUCCAUCUAGAAUCAUGCAUGGCCUAGAAUUACUCCAGUUAUUUAUAAUUAUUUAUUUAUUUAUUUAUUGUUUACAAAAGUUACAAUAUUUCUUACAUUAGUCUCGCAAAACCUAUUCACCUAGGUUUGUCUGCGAGUACGGAGUCACACUCGUUCAUUAAAUCUUAUUUUAUAAUACACUUAAAAUUGCUCUAAUAGCUGUUUGAACAUUGAUUAUUGUUUAAAAAGUAUGGAGUAUAUUAACAUAAAUUACAUUGAGUUAAGGUACAUCUUUUUAAGUUUAAGACUGAAUUUUGUCCUGCUACUUGAAUUUAAAACUUCAAUAGGGGAUGUUUUGUAAAUCUAGUAGUAGUCUAGGAAUUUUGUUGUUUUUGUUUUUGGAUAACUUGAUUAUUUAUGGUACCUGUCACAAAGAAAACAUAAUUUUUCAUUUAGCUCAAAAAUGGCGCCAACGAUUUUUUCUCAAAUUUCUCGUCAUUUUAUCUUUUAAUAACAUCUAUAACAUGGCUUACUCAGUCAGUUUUUACCGGGAAACUCUAAAAAAGGUAGCUGUCAUACAAAAUCAAUUUUGUUUGUAAAUUUUCCUAUAAGCCCGGCAAACCGCGCCGUCACCAAAACCACUUUUGUUUUGUGAUAGAUAAAAUACUUAUUUGAAAUUCUAACGUGUCCUCCGGCCAAUAUUCAUGGGAAUACAUAACUUAUUUUACAGGUACAAAAAGAAGACGUACCUGCCGUCGCAGUUGGAAGUAGUUCUGGUCCCACCACAGAGCAGGGUCAAGACGAAGUCGACUCAUCAAAAGUACCUCAAGCAUCUAGUCAUAAGCCUGCAUAAAAAGUGAAUGUUGCCAAAGAAGACAUAAUUGAAAUCGUGCCUUCUGCUCCUGCCGAAAUCAAAGAUGUGAAUCUCGACGAUGUAGGUUGCUGGCCUUCUCCUAUGACCGACGAAGUAAGAACGCUUCUAGUACGUCGCGGAUCUGACUCAGUACAGCACAUCGAUUCCAAAUUUGCCGAUGUUGUUCGCUCAGGGACUUCAACGAAAGGCGGUACCCGAAAACUAACCAAAGAGUGGUUCUACAAACCAUUAUCUAACGGCGAAAAGGUUCUCCGAACAUGAAUGGUGUACUCGCCUUUGAAGCAAUCCUUGUAUUGUUUUUCUUGCAAGCUGUUUGGCAAUUCCGGCUCUAACUUCGCAUCUGAAGAAGGAUUCAACAAAUGGUGGAAGCUAAAUUCAAGAAUAGGAGACCAUGAAAAUAGCCUGGGCCAUGAACAGAGCUUCUUGAAAUGGAAGGAGUUGGAAGUUCGCCUGAACUGUAAAGCAACCAUCGAUCAGAAACAACAAGAAGUUUUCGAAAGUGAGGAGAAGAAGUGAAGGGAUGUACUGUACAGGUUGCUGAAUAUUAUCCAGUUCUUAGCCAAACAGAAUCUGGCCUUCAGAGGACAUCGAGAAGACAUUCGAGGAGAUGAUAGUGGCAAUCGCGGGAACUUUCUGGAGUUAGUGCACCUCCUAGCUAAAUGCGACCCUCUUCUAAUGGAACACCUGACAAAGAUAAAGCUGGGAGCAAGAGUCUCAGUUUCGUAUCUAUCUCCAGAAACCCAGAAUGAAUUUAUAAACUUACUGGGACAACAAGUUCGAUCCACCAUCAUCCGUCGUAUUCAAGAAGCUAAAUAUUAUUGCGUAAUCUUCGACAGUACACCAGACAUCUCUCACAAUGACCAAAUGAGCCAAGUUCUGCGAUAUGUACAUAUCGAAGGAGAAAAAGUCGCCGUGGUAGAAUCUUUCAUUGACUUCUUUGAACCAAAAGGAAAAAAUGCAGAAGAUCUCAGCAACGAUAUAAUUGCGAAGAUAACAUCAGACGGACUGGACAUACAGAAUCUGAGAGGACAGGCUUAUGACAAUGCUGCCACAAUGUCAGGGAUCCACAAUGGAGUUCAAGCCCGGACUAAAACACUGAAUCCGAAAGCUAUAUUCGUUGCAUGCACAAACCACUCACUAAACUUGGCUGGGGUACACACUGCUUCUGAAUCAGUGGAUUCCGUGACGUUUUUUGUAACUCUGGAGAAGCUGUUUGCCUUCUUUUCCGCAUCAACUGUUCGAUGUAACGCUUUGGUUGCCAUCACAGGUCAAGCAGUAAAACGAGUCACUGAAACGCGCUGGAGCGCUAGACAUGUAGCUGUCAAGAUGCUUAAAAAUAAGUUUGAGGUAGUUCUUGAGGUACUGGAACAAUUAACAGAUUUAUCUGAAACUUCCAAAACAAGAUCGGUAGCCAGUCUUCUCCUGACAGCCAUGCAGUCAUUUAACUUCCUAACUUUUCUUGGCUUUUGGGCUGCAGUGCUACCUGAAGUAGAUGACGCACAGAUUUACCUGCAGCAACGAGGACUAAGUGUGGAUAAGUGUGCUCAGAAACUCUGCGCUUUGAAAACCCUCUUAGUGGAAAGUAGAGACCGUUUCGUGCAAGAAGCAAUUGACUUUGCUAAGAAUCUCUGCGAAAAACUCGGAAUCGAACUCAAAACGAGAAUUCGCAGGAAAAAACGCAUGCAUGGCGAUGAAUCUUCUGAAGAUGCAGCUUUGUCUCACGAACAGGAAAUCCGUCGAGAGAUUAUCGCAUCAUUCGACAAGAUCAUUCAAGAAAUGACGACUCGAUUCAAGCAAAUUCAAGAAAUAUCUGACAAGUUCGGAUUUUUGAUGCCAGCGAAACUUUUGGACAGCAAGUUCGAGUGUGAUCUUUCCCAUGUAUUAGAAGACAUCGACAAGGACGAGUUUCAGAUGGAGCGGAAGCGUCUUCAGCAGUUUGUUGUUUUUGCCUGUUCUGAAUCAGAGGAAGAUAUAAGUGGUAAAGGACCACUGGAGCUCCUCCAGUUCAUUCAAAAACUGAAUCUCGGAAUUUCGGUUCCAAAUAUAGUCAUCUUGAUUCGUAUAUAAGUAUUUGACUUUGGCGAUUAGUGUUGCAAGUUGUGAGAGAAGUUUUUCGAAGUUGAAGCUAAUAAAAAAUUACCUCAGAUCUACUAUGAGCUCCGCUAGACUAUCAAACUUGGCUAUAUUGUCGAUUGAACAAGAAUUGGCUGCUAAUAUUGAUUUUGACAAAGUUAUUUCUGACUUCGCUGUUCAUAAGGCCCGUAGAAUCCGCUUGUAAAACCGCUCAUCCUAUUUUAACUUCAAUAAAAGGUACCUCAUUGCAUGUGAAAUUUAAUUUUAAUUAAGCACCUAUAGAAUGGGGGCGGCAAAAUUGGUCUCCCGCCCCAGGCGCCGAGAUGGCACGCUACGCCACUGCACGGGAUGAAUGUGGCAUCUGUAUAAUGCUAUGCGCUGGACCUUGCUACAAACUUUACACCAAUAAAAUUAUAGGAUCACCUCAUUGAAUUCCGAGAGAAACUUGUAUUUGUGCGGCAUGUUUUGCACUUGUUGGUUGUCCGUCAGGUGGCGCGCUCUCAGCCACGGACCGACCCACGCCUUGUCCCCGUAGGGCGAGGGGAAGAUGAGUCAGGUUGGCUUGCCUGGCCCCCCUUCUACUCUCGACACAGAGCGUGCAGUAAGCAACCGUAGUUGGGAGGAAUCGCUGGACUUGGCCGGAGUGUUUUGGUUCUUUCUUACGUAAUCAAUUCAGCUGUUUACUGUGAAAAUAUAUUUUUUUUAUUUUUAAGAAUGAAAUCUGACGACGAACGAAGAAGAGGAAAGAAGACAAAGUUUGAGGUUACAUGCAGUUCGCAAGAAACGAAUCUGGAAUAAAGGAAAAGUUGGAUAUUUCGACGGCACGAGGUAUAAUUUGACCUCAUUACUAUUAAUAUUUUUGUUUAAAUUUAGAAUCAUCAUUACUACAUUUGUUUUCACAGACUGUCUCCUAUAGCGUAGUCGGUAACGGCGCGGAAGCAAUAGGCUCUGGAUUCGAUUCCAGCUAAGAGUAGAUGUUAUAAUAAGUUCAGUUUUAGUAAAUAGUAUAAGCCUCUCCCCAGCGAAUAAUUUAGGCCCGUUCUACAAUGACACGUAAACGGAACAGAUGGAAAUGGAGACGAAAACGAAGGGUUGUUCCGUUCCGUCCGUAUGUUUCUCGUUCUACAAUAGACAGACCCGUAAGAUAUUUCUGAGCUCUUGUAAUCAAUUUUUGAGCUCAGGAUUCGAGAGAUUAAAACUAAACAAAACCCACGUGCACAAUUCAAUAUUCAUACAAAACUCUUAUUUAGUUGUUUCGGUACAAAAAAAAGCAGUCAACUAAUACGGACACCAAAAUUAGUCAAAACUAAUACUUUUAGUAACAUGAACGAGCAACUGUAGCUUGACAACUGCAGUGAAAAAAUAACGUGCUCUUAUUGGUCUAACGGAGUAACGUAAACGGAAGACCUCCGCACUGCGGAGCAGGUUCGUCUCCAUUUGUGUGCUAUUUUAGAAGCUCUGUUCCGUGAGAUCAGUCUUCGUUUCCGUGAUCUGUUUCCGUGUCAUUGUAGAACAGGCCUUAGCGUAACGCAGGAAUUUCAAUAAGUCAGAAUUACAAUGGGUUAUGUUAACCGUGUCACGUAUGAUGGAAUUACAUGCUGUGUUAACUUGUAAGAGUAGAUACUGGUAGUAAAAUUGUGACUUUUUCUGCCUGUACUAUACAUAAUAUGUCAAUACAAUUCACAAUGCUGAUACGACAAUAGCACGAAAGGCAAAAACGAGAUGAAAGUAGCGCAAAACUAAACAAUCGCGUAGUUGUGACAAUAAAGCUUCACCGCGACACAAAGAAAUAAACAACUGAAACCAAUUUACAUUACAAUUUUUCGUAGCUAUUAUUUACUUUUUUUCCAGUUCAAAGGUCGAUAGUUAUAGUUUUUGUGGAUCAGUAAAUUAAUACAAAGCAUUUAUUUACUUUUACAUGUAAAUUCAUUUUCAUUUAAAAUACCUAUAUGCCUACACUACAUAUUCUAAUUAAUGUGCCCUAAAUCCUAAGAAAAUUUACGACUACAUUAAUUUAAAUUUUAGCAGUAAUAUAACUCUACCUUUUACUUGGUGCAGAACGAAAUUAAUUAACCCAGAAGAUCUCAAGAGGAUUAAGGACACUAAUGAAGCCACAAAAACAGUUUUGGAAAAUCUCAUCACUUGCACUGAUGAUCUGCCAUUCGUUAAAUCCCAUGACAACAGUUAUGCGAAUACGUGUGAUCGGUAAGUAAACAUAUUUUUAUAUUUCCUGGAGAUUAUUUAUAUUUAUAUUAAAUUUUAUUCAAUAUGCAUGGGUAAGAAUUAGCUGGGGAAAUUACGGGCAGAACAGUCAGCGUUUCUAAAGAUCCUAUUAUAAUAUUUCGUUAUUUGAAAUAAAAGAUUUUAUUUUGUUUUUAUUUGAAUUUUACUGUCCAAAAGAAGAAACAACUGAAUCCAAUCACUUUCAAUAUUUUGUUCAUUCAUUCAACAUGUAUAUCCGCCUGUCGAGAAAUGCUCGCAGCUCGGGCGAUGAAAAUUAAAGAAAACAGACGUAGCUUAAGUCCUUCAGUAAAAUCUUACUGUAAGUAACAGAAAUCAGUGCGACCUCAAACAGGGCCGCACCCAGCGAAACCGAAUUUCGCUACGAGCCAAACGCCGACGAAGGUGAUCACAAUUUCUAAUUAGAAUGGCAGAAUGUAAAUGCAAAAACAAUUAGGUUAACUUAAAACUCAACAUGGCUCUGACCACCAACGCUAAAUUUUCUAUACCGCAAUUCUCCUACAUAUUUGGCGAGAAGCCACCGAACGCACCCUCGUUGUGCAGCGAUCGACGGACGACUGAUGAAGUCAUGCCACCGUUUCCUCCACGCAGGGAGGAGAAGUCACGUGACCUCACCGACCAAUCACACGCACGCUUCAUUCACACUACACAUCACAAGCCAAUAAGAACACACGACAUACAUUGAAAACAGUUUUCUAUCCAUAGAGCCAGGGACUUUACAUUCUCUUUCUCUCUCCCACACCGUGAGACAGCAGUUAUCACACAGUUCCCAUGACCAGUGGAGAAUCCCAGCUUUUAUCUCUGUUGUCAGGGAAUCUCUGUUUCUUUCUCACUUGCACUUACAGGCCUCUUAUGCCUCUCUCUAAUACAUCCCAAACCAAAUCCAUUGUUCUGGAACCUUAUGUACCAGCAAUCAUAAUACAAAUUACUUUACAAAAUUAAACUUAUUUAGAAAAACCUAAAAAAAAGUAGGCCAAAACAGGCAAAAAUCUAGUACAGCGACUUAUUUGUGAAUAAUUAAAAAUAGCAACGAUUGAAAAUGUCUGUUAGAAUACAAGGUACAUUCUUAAAACAUACAGCAAGUGAAAUAUCAUCCCUUGAAUACAUAAAAACGGUAAAAUAUCAUUAGAAAGACUUUUUAAGAAAUAUUUACAUGCAUAAAAAUAGUUUAAAAGAAAAAAUAUUUAGCUAGGAGGGCAGGGGUCUUGUAACGUUACACUAUGAAUUAAUCAAAAUAAUUUGACGCAAAGUGAAUGAAACAUUCUUUAGGAAAACAAAAUUAAUGUAUUGUUUUAAUCUGGUGCUAUAAAAUUGUAACUCAAUUUACUAAGUAUUUAAUAACUCUUAAAAUCGCCAUUGCUAAAAAUCUGAAUGUAUAUGCAGUAUGCUGCGGUUGUAGUAGUUAAGUCUAAUUAAUCUACCUAUUGGAAUACUAUUUUUCUAAAAGAAACUUAUAACUAUUCCACGAGCAGUUACUGUGUCGAAUAAAUUAAUAAUGCACAAAAAAAAA